AAAACAUGUUUGACUUGAUGUUUGUUCACAGCACAAAGCUCAUGGAUAGCUUGUGUGUGAAGGAGUCACUGUUAACAUGGCUCUCUGUCAGUUUCUGUGUGUCUCCACCACUGUGGUGAUCAUUCUCUUAUCCAAAGGUUGUCAGUCACAGGAAUGUGGCAAAGCUCCCACAAACACCAGAAUCGUGGGAGGUGCGGAUGCACCGCCAGGAUAUUGGCCGUGGCAGGCCUCUUUGACUCACAACGAUCAGCACUUCUGUGGAGGGUCACUGAUUAACAACCAGUGGGUGCUGACAGCUGCUCACUGUGUGACAUGGGAUAUGAACUUGACAGUUCAUCUGGGCCGCCACAGCCAGUCAGGUCCAAACAACAAUGAAGUGUCACGGGAAGUUACUCAGAUCAUCAUCCACCAAUCGUACAAGUUCCCAGAAAACGACAUCGCUCUGCUGGAGCUGGCGGCCCCUGUGAAUUUCACUGACUACAUAAGACCAGUAUGCUUGGCCUCAGCAGACAGCACUUUCCACACUGGGACUAACAGCUGGAUCACUGGUUGGGGUGAUACCAAGUCUAAUGGUACCACUUUCCCAGACAUCCUACAGGAGGUAGAAGUACCUGUAGUGGGAAACAAUGAGUGCCAAUGUUACUACGGGACUAUCAUCACAAAGAACGUGAUCUGUCUUGGGCCCAAAGCCGGAGGGAAAGGUGCAUGUCAGGGAGACUCAGGGGGACCAAUGGUGACCAAACUUGAUGAUAGCUGGGUCCAGGGUGGAAUUGCAAGUUUUACUUACGAAGGCUGUGCCCAGCCCAACUUUCCUUCAGGUUACGCCCGUGUGUCUGAGUACGAGGAAUGGAUCAGCAACAUCACCGGCAGCAACAGACCAGGGUUUGUUACCUACACCUCCCCUGGAGUUGACAGCGACCAUCUCUUCAUCUGUCCAUCACCAAUACCCACCAGUGACAGUGUAUUUGACGGUGGUGAAAAAGUGAUCCACUUCUCUCACUUCACCUCACUCUGUGCUCUCGUUCUCUCUCUCUUUGUACUGGCUGGUGACGCCUGACAUGAAAAUGUGAAACGAUGAACGGUUUAAGAUUCUUGUUCAUCCAUCCAUAUAACCAUAUUCUUCCACUUAUCUGAGGUUUGGUUGUGGUGGCAGUAUUUUCUGUUUUUAUUAUUAAAUCAUAAUGUAAUCUAAUCACAAAUGGGAGUGUUUGACUAAUUCAUCUUCAUAUAAAACUGUUGAAUUGUCAUUUAUAAAUCUGUAUUCCAUUAAUAUAUGAAUAAAGUUUGGUACUGGGCAGGCUG